CACCACUCGAAAGCACAUCAAACAACACAUAAUACAUACACUUUACUAUUGCCUUGGAUUUAAUUCAUAAAAAUAAGUGCCAAACGCAGUGUUAAAAUAUAUGUGGAUGUGAUGUAAUUGUUUGGUUCGUUAGCACAUCCCUAUUGACCGCCAUUUGGUUGACCGAAAAUGCGACUAAAGAAAGUGUCGGAUAUUUCAACUUGAUCAAAAAGUGCUUGUGCCCCCAAACCUACCAAUAUAGUUUUUAUUAAAUAUACAGUAGUGCUUAAACAUAUGCGUUGGCGAUGAUUGUGUUAAUGAUAACCAUCUCUGGGCUGUUAUUGGAGGCCAACGCCAUGGAGAACGUGACGAUAGCAUCGCUGGACACCAUCGCCGCCACCAUUACGUCGUCGCCCAACGCUUCGCGACCCGAAUAUCGUGUAUAUCUGGUCCGACAGACACUCGACAAAGACCUGAGUGAUGUCAUACUGAAGGCCGCCACCACUGAUGACGAUAAGUCGGACAGUAGUAGCGGAACCGGUGGUGGGAGUCGUGCCGACGAUAAGAAAUACCAAAACAAUUCAACGGUUCAGAUCUAUAUCAUUGCUGUGAUCGGUGUUUCUCCGGCAGUGAUCGGAGGCAUAAUGUGGGCCCUCAAGAAUCUCAAGAGAAAGUGCAUCAGAGAUAAGGCGUCCAAACGUUCAAAAGUGAAGAAAAACACCAGCGAUGGAAAUACUCCCAAUCCAUUCCUCAUUAACGACAUUCCCAUUAAUCAAUUGACUUAUAAAUUAGUCGAAAGGGCAGAAAAGUCGCUCAACACGGGCUCUGGCGGCUCCAUUGACUCGAGUGCCGUCUGGUAUAACAGUUAUAAGCCCUCGUAUUUAGUGAAAAGCCGUCGCGUCUACUCUUUGGAGGUCUCGCGAAAAAAUUUAGAUAUGAUUGAAAUUCUCGGAGAAGGAAAUUUCGGACAGGUGUGGAAAGCGAGAGCCACACAGAUUAAAAAUAACAAUAAAAGUCAAACGGUUGCCAUCAAAACAAAUAAAAUCAAUACGGAUGAGAAAGACGCUGAAGAUCUUCUCAAAGAGCUCGAUAUUAUGCUUCAGUUGGGAAACCAUCCAAAUGUUGUUAAACUUCUCGGUUGUUGUACUGAAACAAUGCCAUAUUUUCUAAUAAUGGAAUUCGUAUCGAAUGGCAAACUAUUAUCAUUCUUGCGAAGACACAGAACUGAUAAAACAUAUUAUAAUAACAAUAAUAAUAGUGAUAAUUAUAAUUCAAUGAAUAGUAGCGGUUAUAAAACCGAUUCCGGGGAUAAAAACCUUUCGGCAAACGAUUUGGUUUUAUUCGCGUAUCAAAUAUCCAAAGGAAUGGAAUUCAUUAGUAGUCAUGGAAUCAUUCAUCGAGACUUAGCGGCCCGUAAUAUACUGAUCGACGACCGCAAGACGUGCAAAGUGGCCGACUUUGGUCUCUCCCGCAGUAUCCGAGACAAAGACGGCGAUCAAUACGAGCAGAAGACCGGCGGACAAAUGCCCGUCCGGUGGAUGAGUCCGGAGUCGCUAUCGAUGGGCGUCUUCUCAGCCAAGAGUGACGUCUGGGCGUACGCUGUGCUGCUCUGGGAGAUCGUCACUCUCGGCUCAACGCCUUAUAUCGGUCUCAGCGCACAAGAAGUGAUCAAAUACGUGACCGAAGGCCAUAUUGUCGAUCGGCCCCAACACUGUAGCGAUCGCUUCUAUGAGUUGAUGUCAAUGUGUUUCCGUUACGAUUGCGAUAAUCGGCUCUCGUUUACCGACAUUCGGGUCAAACUGUCGGAAAUGAUUGAAUUGCAAUGCGGUUACGUUGAUCUCCAACACUUCGAUCAUUCGCUUUAUUAUAAUCUCAACACUUCUUCGGGCGAAAAGAUUUGAUCCAUUUUUGACGAUCGGAUCAAACCAUUCACACAACUAUGCCGUUGAAAAUCACCGCUUAUUAAAUGCCAUUAUUAUGAUAUUUUUACCUUUAUUAGUCUCUCUUAUAGUUAUAGUCUCUAAGC